AUGAAGGACCCUUCCAGACGGCCGCUCAAUGAAAACUCGGUUCCCCAGCCGCCCAGUGGAAGAGAAUACAUUGAUGGGGCAUUCCUACCUCCGGACUCUUGGUCAGUCCUGCACCGGAACGACAUGGUCUCUUUCGCGACGUCUUUGUCCUGGGACAAAGAACAUACCGAUUACGCACCGCCAGAGGAUCCACCACCGCCGUUGCGAGAAGAGUGGAUUGAACGUUGGAACUCAUGGAAACGCGACAACGAUCCUUUCCCCCCAAGUGCUCUGGAAACGGACCCAGUUCUUACGCAUCUUAGAAAGUCGAAAGGUCUUGAUUCGAUCCAGACCUCCAUUGGAAUGAUAAGCCCAGAGGUGCGCGACGUUGACUCUAAAAAUGAAGCUGGGCGUACGACAUUGUCUUUUGCAGCUGAGGCUGGUGACUACUUGGCUGCGCGGCAGCUUCUGGAAAUGGGCGCGAACCUUGAGAUAGCUGACCAAGAUGGAAAAACGCCGUUACUGUGGGCUGCUGACAACGGGCAUGAAACAACUGUCAGGUUACUCCUUGACAAUGGUGCACGUAUUGAGGCGGCUGACGGGGUCUCCGGCCGGGCAGCUUUGUCGUGGGCGGCUUCAAAAGGUCAUCAGGCUGUCGUACAGCUGCUACUCGAUCAAGGCGCCGGCGCAGACAUCGAGCUGUCUGAUCCUAAGUAUGGUCGGACACCGCUGUCAUGGGCAGAGGUGAGAGGCCAUGAGACUGUGGUUAGACUGCUCCUCGAUUUGGGCGCGGAUGUUGACGCAGUCGAUUUGGAACACGGUCGCACGCCGCUGUCGUGGGCUGCCGAGAAUGGACAUGAGGAAGUUGUGAGAAUACUUUCGGAUCGUGGAGCAGAUUUCGAGGCACCAGACUUGCAAGGUUGGACGCCCCUGACGUGGGCGACUGAGAACGGCCAUGACAAUGUUGCGAAGCUUCUACGUUCAUAUGGUGCUAAGAGUCCGUCGGCUUCAUAA